AUGACGGGAGAGAUCAUAACGCUCCAAAUAGGUCAAUGUGGGAAUCAGGUUGGUAAGCAAUUCUGGUCUCAAUUGACUAGAGAACAUGGAAUUGAAAGAGAUGGGCAAAGCAGGCCAUUUGAUAGUCCUCAAGCAGUAAGGGAGGACGAUACUAAUAUUUUCUUCAGACAAGAUGACUUUAAUCGAUAUACACCGCGAGCUUUUCUUUUUGAUCUUGAGCCCAGCGCUAUUGGUGAUGUACAGAAUUCGUUUCCAGGUUUAUUUAACGAAAGAAACAUAUGGGUUUCCAAAGAUGAGUUAGGCGCUGGCAAUACUUGGUCAAAAGGCUAUGAUUAUGGGUUAGAAAAUCAGGACGAGUUCAUCAAUAUGAUAGACCGUGAAAUUGACGGAACUGAGCAUUUUGAAGGAUUUCAGCUUAUUCAUUCGGUAGCUGGCGGCACUGGUUCUGGUUUAGGAUCUAAUUUCCUUGAAGCGUUAUCGGAUAGAUAUCAUAAAAAAUUAACCACAACCUAUUCUGUCUUCCCGAGUAAUGAAUCGGAAGUUGUCAUUCAGCCUUAUAAUACAAUUCUAACACUGCGACGUCUGAUAGAGAACAGUGAUGCGUCUGUCGUUUUUGAUAAUAAUGCACUGCUUAAUUUGGCAUCUAAGGUUUUUAAGGAUUCUAAUGCAAGUUAUGCUCAAACCAAUCAGCUCAUUGCAAGCGUAUUAUCGUCAACAACCAAUAGUCUUCGCUUUCCUGGCUACAUGUUCAAUUCUCUACCCAGUAUUUUCUCUACAUUGAUACCAACAGCAGAUCUGCAUUUCCUAGUUCCAAGUUUUACUCCAUUUACUACAGAUUUCAUACCAGAUGCUAAAGAAUUCAAAAGAAGCACUGCCUACGAUGUUAUUUUGGAUCUUUUCGAUAAAAACAAUUCGAUGGUUCUCCGCAGAAGUGAUUCGCCUAUCUAUCUCGGUAUUUUUGAUGCGCUUCAGGGAACUGUUGACCAAAAUGACGUAAUGAAAGCUAUGGCGAAGGCCCAACAACGUGUAAAAUCACCUUCCUGGUCGUCUUCAUCGCUUCACGUGAAUAUCGGUAGGAAAUCGCCUUACAACAAGUCGCCGAACUCCGAUAACGUAAGCGGGAUGAUGUUGGGUAAUACCACGUCUGUUACUUCGCUUCUUCAAACAGCAUGUAACAGUUUUGAUGUUCUUUUCAAGAAGGGCGCUUUUUUGCAUAUGUAUCAAAAUGGCAAGAUGUUUCAAAAUGGGUGGGACGAAUUCUUAGAGUCAAGAGAGGUCGUGCAAUCAGUGAUCGAUGAAUAUAUAUCUGCGGAGCAGGAUUCGUUUUUGGAUGACAUUCUGCUUGAAGAUGAGAAUAUCGUCGGUAGUGGAGAUGCGAUGGACGCAGAUGGUGAUAAUAUAAUUUGA